UCUUCUAAACAGUUCUAUUUCUGCAGAACAACUGGAGACUAAGCAAGGGCUGCCAGCAGGCUAUAACCCAGGAGAUCGCGCCCAUCUUGCUAGUGUGAAGGUGAGAUAUAGGAAGAAGAGAUGGUGAGGACAGCCCGGGACGCCCUGGUGACCGCCCUGGAGAACCUGGCCAGGAAGGGACUGAAGAAGUUCAGGAACAAGCUGAAUGACUGGCCAGUCAAAGAAGGAUUUAACAGGAUCCCAAGAGGCCAGCUGGAGGACACCGACCCUGAUGAUGUUGCUAAUAAGAUCAGGGACUUCUACACCUUUCCCUAUGGAAUCCGGGUGGCCUUGGCUGUUCUAGAAGCUAUAGAUGAGAGGGAUGUGGCUGAAGAUCUCCGCACAGACCUGAGAAAUGUUGCUGGUUUUGCAUUUGAAGAGGAGCCCAAGGAAACUGAUCAAGAAGCGACACCUAAAGUUACGCCUCCUCUCCCUGAACCCACCAGAGAGCACUUUGUGACGGCACGCCGGGGGGCUACGACUAUACAGAUUAAUAUCAAGGGAGAACUAGAGAAUUGUCCCUUCAUAGAGAUUAAUGUGAAAGAAAAUGCACCGGAAAUGAACAUUUCUGUGAUAUUGGAGAGGAAGGACAAACCAGUUUGGAUUCAAAAAUUCCCUAAAGGUAAUCCUCUGUGUAAGGCACACUUUGUGGAUAAACAUCGAGAAGAUCUGAUCCAUGGGGUGCACCUGGUAACGGAAGUUCUGGAUAAACUCAUAAGUGCACAGCUUCUGACAAAUGAGCAUUAUGACUAUGUGCGCAGCAGACCGACCUCCCAGGAGAAGAUGAGAGCUCUCUAUGUCUUUAUCAGGUCUUGGAGUGAUGGUGACAAGUUCAAGUUGUACGAGAUUCUAAAGGACACCAAAAAGCCUCUCAUCAGAUCCCUGGAGCAAGCUGAUGCUCAUUCCUCUAUACACAGCUAGAAAUAUUUAGGCACUAGAGGUCUAUUGGGUGAUGGGUUUGGGCAAUAAGCAAUAAAUGGUCAGUAAUAGCUACAAGCUUUUGCAACUUACUGUAUAUUAAAAAUUGUAUUCAAAAGCCAUUA